CGGCGGUGGUGGCGGCUGCGACCUGGGCGAGCUCAGGAGUGUGACCGGCCUGCCUCGGGGCCGCCGUGGAUGGUUUCUAAGAUGAUCAUUGAAAACUUCGAGGCACUCAAGUCCUGGCUCAGCAAGACCCUCGAGCCCAUCUGUGAUGCUGAUCCAUCGGCCCUAGCAAAAUAUGUUUUGGCUUUGGUAAAGAAAGACAAAAGUGAAAAAGAACUAAAGGCAUUAUGCAUUGAUCAGCUUGAUGUAUUUCUUCAGAAAGAGACACAAAUAUUUGUGGAAAAACUUUUUGAUGCUGUGAAUACAAAGAGUUAUCUACCUCCUCCAGAGCAGCCAUCAUCAGGAAGCUUGAAGGUAGACUUUCUUCAGCACCAAGAAAAAGACAUAAAAAAAGAUGAGCUCACAAAGGAGGAAGAACGAGAGAAGAAAUUUUCCAGAAGGCUGAAUCACAGUCCUCCCCAGUCAAGCUCCCGAUACAGAGACAAUAGAAGCCGUGAUGAGAGGAAAAAAGAUGAUCGUUCUCGAAAAAGAGAUUAUGAUCGAAACCCUCCUCGAAGAGAUUCCUACAGAGACCGCUAUAACAGAAGACGAGGGAGAAGUCGCAGCUACAGCCGGAGUCGGAGUCGAAGCUGGAGUAAAGAGAGGCUUCGUGACAGGGACAGAGACAGAAGCAGGACGCGGAGCAGGAGCCGAACACGGAGCAGGGAAAGGGACCUCGUGAAACCUAAAUAUGAUCUGGAUAGGACAGAUCCAUUGGAAAAUAAUUAUACACCAGUCUCUUCAGUAUCUAAUAUUUCAUCUGGCCACUAUCCUGUGCCUACUUUGAGCAGCACCAUUACCGUAAUUGCUCCUACUCAUCAUGGUAAUAACACUACCGAAAGCUGGUCUGAAUUUCAUGAAGACCAAGUAGAUCACAACUCUUACGUAAGGCCACCAAUGCCAAAGAAACGGUGUAGAGAUUAUGAUGAAAAGGGGUUUUGUAUGAGAGGAGACAUGUGUCCUUUUGAUCAUGGAAGUGACCCAGUAGUGGUGGAAGAUGUGAAUCUGCCUGGCAUGCUGCCUUUCCCAGCACAACCGCCUGUUGUGGAAGGUCCACCUCCUCCUGGGCUGCCUCCACCUCCUCCAAUUCUUACACCCCCACCUGUGAAUCUUAGACCACCUGUGCCACCUCCAGGCCCAUUACCACCCAGUCUGCCACCUGUCACAGGACCACCUCCUCCACUCCCUCCUUUGCAGCCAUCUGGCAUGGAUGCACCACCCAACUCGGCAACCAGCUCUGUUCCUACUGUAGUAACAACCGGUAUUCAUCACCAGCCUCCUCCUGCUCCACCCUCUCUUUUUACUGCAGUUUUUGUGUUACCAGAUACAUAUGAUACAGAUGGCUACAAUCCUGAAGCCCCAAGCAUAACAAAUACUUCCAGACCUAUGUAUAGACACAGAGUGCAUGCACAAAGGCCUAACUUGAUAGGACUAACAUCAGGGGACAUGGAUUUACCACCCAGAGAAAAGCCUCCUAACAAAAGCAGCAUGAGGAUAGUAGUGGACUCGGAAUCGAGGAAAAGAACCAUUGGGCCUGGGGAGUCUGGAGUUUCUACAAAGAAGACAUGGUUUGAUAAACCAAAUUUUAAUAGGACAAACAGCCCAGGUUUCCAGAAGAAGGUUCAGUUUGGAAAUGAAAAUACUAAACUUGAACUUAGGAAAGUUCCUCCAGAAUUAAAUAAUAUCAGCAAACUCAAUGAACAUUUUAGUCGAUUUGGAACAUUGGUUAACUUACAGGUUGCCUACAAUGGUGAUCCUGAAGGUGCCCUUAUCCAGUUUGCAACAUAUGAGGAAGCAAAGAAAGCAAUCUCCAGUACAGAAGCAGUAUUAAAUAAUCGCUUUAUUAAGGUUUAUUGGCACAGAGAAGGAGUUACUCAGCAGUUACAGACUACUUCACCAAAGGUAAUACAACCAUUAGUCCAGCAGCCUAUUUUACCUGUUAUGAAGCAGUCAGUAAAAGAGCGGUUGGGUCCUGUACCUUCAGGUACUGUUGAGCCGGCAGAAGCCCAGAGUGCUACUUCAGACCUCCCCCAGAAUGUAACUAAGUUAUCUGUGAAGGACAGGUUGGGUUUUGUAUCAAAGCCAUCUGUUUCAGCAACUGAAAAGGUGUUGUCUACAUCUACUGGCCUUACGAAAACGGUGUAUAAUCCAGCUGCUUUGAAGGCUGCACAAAAAACUUUACUAGUUUCUGCUCCUGCAGUUGAUAAUAAUGAAGCACAGAAAAAGAAACAGGAGGCACUGAAACUUCAGCAAGAUGUAAGAAAGAGGAAGCAGGAAAUUUUAGAAAAGCACAUUGAAACACAGAAGAUGCUAAUUUCAAAAUUAGAGAAAAACAAAACAAUGAAGUCUGAAGAUAAAGCAGAAAUAAUGAAAACAUUAGAGGUUUUGACAAAAAAUAUUACCAAGUUGAAAGAUGAAGUCAAAUCUACAUCUCCUGGACGCUGUCUUCCAAAAAGUAUAAAAACAAAGACUCAGAUGCAGAAAGAAUUGCUUGACACAGAAUUGGAUUUAUAUAAGAAGAUGCAAGCUGGAGAAGAAGUUACUGAACUUAGGAGAAAAUACACAGAAUUACAGCUGGAAGCUGCUAAAAGAGGAAUUCUUUCAUCUGGCCGAGGUAGAGGAGUUCAUACACGAGGACGAGGUGCAGCUCACGGCCGGGGCAGGGCUAGAGGCCGAGGCCGAGGUGUACCCGGACAUGCUGUGGUGGAUCACCGACCCAGAGCAUUGGAGAUUUCUGCAUUUACAGAGAGUGACAGAGAAGAUCUUCUUCCUCAUUUUGCGCAAUAUGGUGAAAUUGAGGAUUGUCAGAUUGAUGACUCUUCACUUCAUGCGAUAAUUACAUUCAAGACAAGAGCAGAAGCAGAAGCUGCUGCAAUUCAUGGAGCUCGUUUCAAAGGGCAGGAUUUAAAACUGGCAUGGAAUAAACCAAUAGCUAAUAUUUCAGCUGUGGAAACUGAAGAAAUUGAACCUGAUGAAGAGGAACAGAGAGAGGACAUCACUGCCUGAGUUUAGCUUUGUGACUACAUGAGCAAGCCCUGUCCUGUCCUUUCUGGAGACGACUGUUAAUAAUGUCAUCCUGUCAUUUGGUUUGCCCUAUAUCAAUCUGAAUAGCUGUUUACAUGUCCUAUGCUGAACAUUUUACCUUGCAGUUCUGUAUAAGUACACCUGAGUCCAGAAGUGUAUCAAUGUGUGAUGUGUAUGACUUUAGUCAUAAAUGUUUUCUCCCCUUUAGAGCAACUUAACUUGUAAAACACCUUAAGAAGGAACAAGGCCUUUUAGUUUCCUUAUGAGCUGUAUUAUGUCUCAGGCAGACUGAGAAAUGCGUCUGUGAACUCUAUAAAGCCAUGAGAGCAUUAACUGAACACUUUAGAAUGAAGAAAAUGAAUUAAAAACUUAAACAUAAGUUUGGCUUUAAUUUUUUUAUUUUUUUAGAAUGUAUUUAUUGAAUUAGGAUAGGCACUAAAAAUAAUUUUUGAGUAGACUGUAAAGUCAUUUUUAUAUAUUGUAAUUAGUUUCUCUCUUUCUUGUGAGUGUAUUAAUUGAUGGGAUUGCCAGGGCCACUUUCUCCAGUGCAUUUUGUUGUUGUUGUUCUAAUUCCUCAAAAACAAAGAAAAUAAUUUAUUUCUUUUCAAAUAAUAAAUGAUAACCUGUGUGUUCUGCAAUUGAACAACAUUCAUUAAAUUUGUCUAAUUCAUCAGUUUUCAUCACUUAUAAUCAGGACAUCAAAGACAGUCCUUCAAGCAAGGGGAAAUAGUUUUAUGUGUUUAUUUUUAAAGAAUAGUUUUCAGCUGCUUUAAAGGUAUAUGUACUAAUUAUUUAUAGCCAUUAUAGCUUAAACUUAAAAAGUAUACAAUUAAAAUUCUUAAUCUAAACAUGAAUUAACGAAAUUCUUUUUAUAGUGUACCAGAAGUAU